AUGUAUCGAGAGCUCGCCCACGCCGUCUACAGACGGGGCGAUUCUGCCGGCUAUGACAUCCCCUCGUGGGGAUGGGGUGUCCUCUUCUUGGAUUUCCUCGUCUUCCUGCCGCUGACCCUGGUGAUCAGCUACACGUUUAACAAUGUCUUCCCGAUCCUCGCCAUCAUCGAAGACCCCUCCCCCCCUGCUUACGAGCCCGUCGCCCUCAACGAACCGACCGAUGCGACCCGCGAUCCCAUCUCCCCUGACGCCGACGAGGCGCUCGGCCAGAACUCAGCGACGACCAGCUCCUUCCGUGCCACUUACCGCACUCUGUACGCCAUCGAUGGCUGGAAGUCACUCUUCCGCGGCUACAAGCUCUACCUGCCAGCCGUGAUCGCCUCUAUGAUGUGCAGUGGUCUCUUUGCGGGACUCGGCAUCCCGAGUCCUAUCGCCGCCCCAAUCGCGGCCAUCGCCAUGGCCCCUCUCUGGACCGGCUGGAUCCACGCCGUCAUCUCGACCCCGAGCCCCAAGACAUUCACCCAGCGCCUUCUGCCUUUCAGCCAGAUCUUCCGGGCCGUUGCCCUGCCCUUGGUACUCUACUUCUUCGCAGCCGAGACGAGCACCUUCGUUCCUAUGCUGCUCGCCAGAGCCCUGGGCAUGACCAUCUUCGAGAAUAGCCCGGACUCCAACACCUUCCGCAGCCCCGACCACCACGACAUCUGGAAGGCUUUGGUCGUCAUCAUCGUGACCGUCGUGCUCAAGGUCCUCAUCGCCAUCCCGGCCCACGUGGUCCUCGUCCGUGUCCAGGCCUCCCUGCUCCCCGAGGACGACGAGACCAUCGUGCCCUUUGACCGCACCUUCCAGAACAAGCUCGAGCCCGCCAUCAUUGGCGGCGCCGGCCACGUCACGAUCAAGGACGCAUGGGCGACCUUCUCCCGCGCGUCGUGGAUCCGGCUGAUCAAGCUCUACGUCAAGAUCUUCCUCGUCGGUUUUGCCACGUGGCUGCUCUGGCUCGCGGUGGUGAUCCCCGAGAUUGCCAUCAUGGUUGGUGUCUCGGGUCACGGCGAAGCCUGA